AUGCUACCCCUACCGGCAUUGACAAUAUUAUUAUAUAUUUCCAUUUCAUAUGUUUCAGUUCUUUAUAUAUCAUCUAAGAAUGCCUCUUCAAAUUAUCCCACAUUAGAUCGAGACGAUCCUCGAGUCAUUACAAGAAGAAUGAACGGAUUACUAAAAUUAACAUGCUUCAAUAUAUUAUUCAUCCCAUACAUACAAACGUUUCUCUAUAAAGAUGAUACCCUGUCAUUUAUGCAAGCGUUCAUUCAAUUGGGUUUGAUACCGGGGUUUUUCAGAGAUCAACAUUUUGAUUUACCAACGUAUUAUCUUGAUAUCAACAUGGGGAUAUGGAUCAUUUUAAUUCUUUAUGUGGGUCCUAUAAUUGACUUAUUAUUAUAUUAUAUCAUAAGAGGAGAAAAGAAAUUAAUUUUCAGUGAUUUUAAAAAUGAAUUCAAUAAUAUUUACAGUUUAAGGAAUUAUAUUUUUGCUCCUAUCACUGAGGAAAUCUUUUAUACUUCCAUGCUAUUAAAUUGUUAUUUGAAUUUAUGCCCCAUAGAGAUGUUGUCUAUGAGGAAAUUAUUAUGGGAGCCGUCAUUAUUUUUCGGAAUCGCACAUGUACACCAUAUGUAUGAAGCUUUUAAGAUAGGAGAUCAAAAUAUUAUCACUAUUCUCAUCAAUACUAUGAUUCAGUUCAGUUAUACCACAUUAUUUGGAGCAUUCACCAAUUUUGUUUUCUUAAGAACGGGUGGUAAUCUUUGGGCAUGCAUUUUUGUACAUGGAUUGUGUAAUAUAAUGGGGUUCCCUGGUGGCUCAAGAGUAACUUUACAACUUACCAUCAAUAGUGAUAGCGAUAGUGAUAACGAUAGCCAUGACGAGGAUAAAGAAGGUGAUGAUAAUGCUUACUAA